AUGCCGUCGCGUCGCAGUCACACCAAGUCCCGCAAGGGCUGUCUUGAAUGCAAGCGAAGGCAUGUCAAGUGCGACGAAGGGAACCCCAGAUGCAGUCUAUGCAAGAAACGCAAGCUGCAAUGCACCUAUCCUCCACCCUCUAGCGACACCGAUGGCCAGUCCUCCACUCCACACGAACUGAUGGACCUUACGGCUGGAUCCACCGAGCUCCCCUUACCCACACGACAGCUCGAAAUAAAGCUAUUUCACCAAUAUAUUACCGAAACCUAUGUCACCUUGCCCGAGCGCCAAUUGAACGCGGAAUACUUUCAGAAAACCCUACCCAAUAUUGCGGUAAACCAUCCGUAUCUACUGGACGCCAUCUUCGCCCUCUCCGCCCUCCAUAUUGCCUCCUUAGAGCCGGAUGAGAUUGAUAAUCGGCCAUGGCUGGAGGUCGCUCUUAAGUACCAGACACAAGCGUGCUCCGCAUUUAGUCGGGUGCUCACGGAGAUCACCCCGCAAAACUGUGGGCCAGCGUUCAUCUGCUCGGUCUUCAUCAUGGUCUGCGCGACAGCCUACCCGUCUGCUUCCCGGGGCGAUCAUCCGUUUGAGCCUCUAUACCAAGUGCUGGAGAUUCGUCGGCUGAUUGCCGGUUGCGCGUUUCUAUAUUACCAGCUCACAACGAACGAGCACAUGGAGGAAAUAAGCGGGUGGAUACCGAAGGAAGACGAGACUAUAGAGCUUCCGGAUAGUCCUUGGACUUCAAAGAUGGUUUCACUACGCAGCACUCUGUUGGGAUCACUUAACCAACUACGCAGCAAGAUUGAGAAUAAUCCCGGCCCGCACCAGACGGAAUAUAUAGACACGUGGGGAUUACUCGACGAUUCCAUUAAGCGAUGGCCAACGGGUGGUAAACGAGGCGGCAUCAUAUCGUGGCCGAUCCACAUCAGCGAAGCAUUCAUUAUUCUGCUCAAAGACGGAGAUUGGAUGGCGCGCAUCCUCUUUUUGCAUUAUGGUGUCGGCAUGCAUCUCCUCUCACACAAAUGGUUUGUUAAAGACUGGGGGCGUCGUCUAGUUACUGCCGUGGUGCAGCCUCUUGAAGAUAUUCCACCCGAAUGGACCACCACAAUUGCCUGGGUAAAGGAUGCUGUUGAAACUGCUGGGUAG